AUGGCCCUUCAGUCAUGGAUUCUGACUUACUUGUGCCUGCUCUCCUCUGGAACUGGUGAGUUCUUCUUCAGAGAAAAUUAUUCCAGAAGCUAUCCCUGUGAUGAGAAAAAUGAAAGUGCCCUUGUGAUUGCAGAAUGCAAUGAUCGUCGACUACAAGAAGUUCCCCAAACUAUAGGCCAAUAUGUGACAGAAAUAAACUUGUCUGACAAUUCCAUCAUGCAUGUAACAAAUGAGUCCUUUCGAGAGCUGCGAAGCCUCACUAAAAUAAAUCUGAACCACAAUGCCAAUCAAGCACACCCGAAGGAAAAUAAAAAUGGUAUGAAUAUUACAGAUGGAGCAUUCCUCAACCUCAAAAAUCUGAAGGUGUUACUGCUUGAAGACAACCAACUAUCUGCUAUGCCGACUGGCUUGCCUGAGUCUUUGAGAGAACUUAGCCUAAUUCAAAACAAUAUAAAUACGAUAACUAAAAACAACACUCUGGGGCUUCGGAACAUGGAGAGACUCUAUUUGGGCUGGAACUGCUAUUUUUCUUGUAAUCAAACCUUUAGCGUGGAAGAUGGGGCAUUUCAAAACCUUAUAAACUUGAAGGUGCUCUCCUUGUCUUUCAACAGGCUUUUCCACGUGCCUCCCAAACUACCAAGCUCCCUAACAAAACUUUUCCUGAGCAAUGCCAAGAUUACGACUAUCACGGAGGAGGACUUCAAGGGACUGGAACACUUAACAUUACUAGAUCUGAGUGGCAACUGUCCGAGGUGUUACAAUGCCCCUUUUCAAUGCACGCCUUGUGAAAAAAACUUGUCCCUCACCAUACAUCGCCUGGCUUUUCAAGGUCUUACCAAACUUCAAUAUCUAAACCUCUCCAGCACUUCCCUCCAGUCCAUUACUUCCACCUGGUUUGACAAUCUGACAAAUCUGAAGGAACUCCAUCUUGAAUUCAACUAUUUACUACAAGAAAUUGCUUCAGGGGAAUUUUUAACGAAACUACCCAAUUUACAAAUCCUUGAUCUAUCGUUCAACUUUCAAGAAAGCAAAUAUUUACCAUCUAUUAAUAUUUCCCCAAACUUCUCUAAGCUUCAUUCUCUCAACAAAUUGCACUUAAAGGGCUAUGUAUUUCACAAACUUGAACAGAAAAAUUUUGCACCCCUUCAGAGUCUUCAAAACUUAACAACUAUCGACUUGGGCAUUAACUUUAUUGCGAAAAUUGAUUUUAAAAUUUUCCAAGAUUUUCCCUAUCUGAAAGUUAUUUCCUUGUCAGAGAACCGUAUAACACCCAUAGAAGAUCACACAAACAGCCCCUCUUUGCCAUAUCAUUUCCUUAAAUUGGGCUCAACCGUCACCAAGUUUGAUCCCCAUGCGAAUUUUUAUCACAGCACCAAACCUUUAAUAAAGCCACAGUGUGCUGUUUAUGGCAAAGCCUUGGAUUUAAGUUUAAACAAUAUUUUCCUUAUUGAGAAAAAUCAAUUUGAACCUUUUCAGGACAUUGCCUGCUUAAAUCUGUCCUUCAAUGCUAACAAUCAAGUGUUGAGUGGCACAGAAUUCUCAGCCAUGCCCCACCUCAAAUAUUUGGAUUUAUCUCACAACAGACUAGACUUUGAUGACAACAAUGCUUUCAAUGAACUUCAAGAACUGGAAGUACUCGACCUGAGUCACAAUGAACACUAUUUCAGUAUAGCAGGGGUAACACACCGCCUAGGAUUUAUCCAGAACCUAAUGAACCUCAGUGUGUUAAACCUGAGCUACAAUGGCAUUUACACGCUCACAGAGGACAAAGAGCUGAAAAGCAUGUCUCUGAAAGAAUUGGUUUUCAGUGGAAACCGCCUUGACCUUUUGUGGAAUACAGAUGACGACAACAACUACUUGACCAUUUUCAGAAGUCUCUGGAAUCUGACACACCUAGACUUAUCUUACAAUAAUCUUCAACAAAUCCCCAAUAAAGCAUUCCUCAGCUUGCCCCAGAGCCUCAAAGAGCUGCGUAUCAAUGGGAACAGGUUACGUUUUUUUAAUUGGACAUCCCUCCGGCAUUUUCCUCAGCUCCAUUUACUGGACUUAAGGAGAAACAAGCUGUAUUUUCUAACCAAUUGCCUAUCUAAGUUUACAUAUUCCCUGGAGACAUUGCUGCUGGGCCAUAAUGAAUUCUCUCACCUGCCUCCUGGCUUCCUCUCUGAAGCCAGUAGUCUGGUCCACCUGGAUCUAAGUUUCAACAUGAUAAAGAUGAUCAAUAAGUCCUCCCUGCAAACCAAGACUGAAGCAAAUUUGUCUGUUCUGGAACUAAGUGGGAACCAUUUUGACUGCACAUGCGACUCAGGUGAUUUUCGAAGCUGGAUAGAUGAAAACAUGAAAAUCACAGUUCCUAGACUAGUAGAUGUUAUUUGCGCCAGUCCUGGGGACCAAAAGGGGAAGAGCAUCAUGAGUCUAGAGCUCAUGACGUGUCUUUCAGAUACCACUGCAGUGAUCCUGUUUUCCCUCACAUUCCUCAUCACUGCCACAGUUAUGUUGGCCACCCUGGGUCACCAUCUGUUUUACUGGGAUAUUUGGUUUAUCUAUCACAUGUGUUCAGCUAAGUUAAGAGGCUACAGGUCCUUGGCCACAACCCGAACUUUCUACGAUGCUUACAUUUCUUACGACACCAAAGAUGUGUCUGUUACCGACUGGGUCAUCAAUGAACUGCGCUACCACCUUGAAGAGAGUGAAGGCAAAAAUGCCCUCCUCUGCUUAGAGGAAAGGGAUUGGGAUCCAGGGUUGGCCAUCAUCGAUAACCUCGUGCAGAGCAUAAACCAGAGCAAGAAGACAAUCUUCGUGUUAACCAAAAAAUAUGCCAAGAGCUGGAACUUUAAAACAGCUUUUUACUUGGCCUUGCAGAGGCUAAUGGAUGAGAACAUGGACGUGAUUAUCUUCAUCCUCCUGGAACCUGUGUUGCAGUAUUCCCAGUACCUGAGGCUGCGGCAGAGAAUCUGUAAGAGUUCCAUCCUCCAGUGGCCUGACAACCCCAAAGCAGAAAACUUGUUUUGGCAAAGUCUGAAAAACGUGGUCUUGACUGAAAAUGAUUCACGGUAUGACAAUUUCUACACUGAAUCCAUUAAGCAAUAUUGA